UUCAUCUACUUAGGAUUAAGAAAGAAGAAGAAGAUGAUGAUGAUGAUGAUGAUUAAGCUCUCCUUCUUCUCCUUUGCUUUGCUCCUCUGCAUUGCCUCUUCAAAUGCACAAAAUCAAGGGGUAGGGUUUGGGUAUGGAGGCACAAAUGGACCAAACAAAUGGGGAGCCCUAAGUCCUUACUACAGCAAAUGCUCCGCCGGGAAAUUGCAAUCUCCGAUCGAUAUUCCGAAGAAACAGACUUUCUACAGUCGGAGAUUGGGAUCGCUAGUCCGCGAUUACCAUCCCGCAAACGCAACUCUUGUCAAUCACAUCUUCAAUAUCGCGAUGUUUUUUGGGAAAGGAGCAGGAGAUAUGGUGUUGAAUGGCAAGAACUACACUUUAAAGCAAAUGCAUUGGCACACUCCUUCAGAGCAUCUCAUCAACGGUGUCCAAUACGCAGCGGAGCUCCAAAUGGUCCACCAAGCACAAGAUGGGGACUUUGCCGUCGUCGCUACACUCUUCAAACUCGGAGAUGAGGAGCCUUUUCUCACUAAGAUGAAGGAGAGAUUGGAGAGGUUGAGAGAGGACAAAUGUGGGGGGAACACAACGGGACAAGUAGAGGUGGGGGAAGUAGACACAAAGCACAUCGAACGCAAAACUCGCAAAUAUUUCAGAUACAUUGGUUCCCUCACUACCCCUCCUUGCUCCCAAAAUGUCUCUUGGACCAUCCUUGGCAAGGUGAGAUCAUUGUCGGAGGAACAAAUGCAAUUACUAAAAGCCCCAUUGGACAUUUCUUACAAGAACAACUCACGACCAGUUCAACCCCUCAAUGGUCGCAAAGUGGAGAUGUUUCACGAGCUCGCGGAUAAGACUGACGACGACAAUAACGAAGUUCGCAAUUAAAACGUAUAAUCAAUGUAUUGAUUGAGAUUUGAGACCCAACACCCAAACGAAAAAAGAAAUCCAAAAUAUGGUAUAAACCCUAAUCUCCUUUGUAUUUAUUGUGUUGUACCUCUACGUACUAGAUUUAGGUUUCCCCAUGUUUCGUGUGUUAUGUCGUCGGAUCGAUGCAACGGGAGAUGCCUAUGAGCUUUUAUAUAUGUAAUUAUAUAUGUAUUGUUUAUAUUUAUUUUGAUCUUAAAUUUGUUA